GGGGGCAGCGUCGCUGUCCUCCACGCCGGGGAGAUGUGCAAAAUCAAACCAGGGCACCCCCACGCCGUCCUGAACCUAGCGCCCACAGUCAGUGUGAACGUCAGCCAUGAGGAGUCUCACGAAGAGCUGGCGGCCGGUCUGGAGCGCACGACCGCCAACUACACCACAGAGACCGCGAACGGUUACCCGGACUUCAGCCGGGGACUCUGGCUGCUCUACCAGGCUUGCGUUGAUCACGCCAUCAGCAUGCCCAGGUCUAGGGUGUCAUAUGAGGAGUUCUGCAGAGCGAGGGAUCUCGUGUAUGCAGUGAACUCUGCCCUGGACGCCCUGUACACCAAGCGGUUCAUUGCAGUAGGGGUGUGCAAGAGGGACAUCAAGAGCGUUAGAAAGAACUUGAGGGAUCUGCUGGUGGUCACCCCAAUGAGCCCUAGGAGGCAGCAGGACAAGAGACGGAAGAGUGAGAGGAAGAGGGCAGGGCGCAGUGAAGCAGAGGAUGAAAGCAGUGGUGAUGAGUUUGGGUGAUGAGGCUUGCAAGUGUCUGCUCCAAUUUUACAUCUGCCUGCAUGCGGAGAUUGCAUACCCGCCCGGUGCCUUUUGAGUGUGAGGUUGUUGUUGUUCUUGUGUGCCGAUUAGCUUACUGUUGUGGUGCCCGGAGCUCGCCAAGGAAAGCCGGCUGACCUCUUUUGGUGCACCCAUGAUGUGCUACAUGCAAGCUUGGGAAGAACG